AUGAUUGAUUUUCUUAGUGAUGGCACUGUCUAUGUACAUAACCCACACCUGGAUGGGAUGAAAGAUGACUUUCUCUACCACUUUAACCUGGGGACCUCCACACACAACCUGCCUGCCAUGUUUGGGGAUGUCAAAUUUGUGUGUGUUGGGGGCAGUCCCUGGAGAAUGAAGUCCUUCAUAGAGUACAUUGCUGGAGAGCUGAGUCUGGAGGACCCCAAGGCUGAGUACCCCAACAUCUGUGCAGGAACUGACCGCUAUGCCAUGUACAAGAUUGGCCCCGUGCUGUCCGUCAGCCAUGGCAUAGGUAUCCCCUCCAUCGCCAUCAUGUUACACGAGCUCAUCAAGCUCCUCUACCAUGCUCGCUGCACUGAUGUUACCAUCGUUCGCAUUGGGACCUCCGGUGGAUUAGGCCUCGAGCCUGGCACGGUUGUUGUCACCAAGCAGUCAGUAGACGCCACCUUCCUGCCCAGGCUGGAGCAGGUCAUCCUGGGGAAUACUGUGGUGCGCAGCACGGACCUGCACCAAGGUCUGGCUGAAGAGCUGCUCCAGUGUAGCAAGGACCUGGGUCAAUUUGAGACGGUCAUCGGAAACACUAUGUGCACAAUGGAUUUCUAUGAAGGACAAGCGCGCCUGGAUGGGGCCUUCUGCUCCUACACAGAGAAGGAUAAGCAGGACUACCUGACCAAGGCCUAUGAGUCUGGGGUUCGUAACAUCGAGAUGGAGUCUUCUGUGUUUGCUGCCAUGUGUCAACUCAGCGGUCUGAAAGGUACACCACUGGUGUAGUUGUAGCUAUCCAUG